CGCGUCGUUGGCAAUGUUCUGCAACGCAAGCCCAAAAGGAAGUUCCCGCUCUCUCUCGUUAGCUAGUAAGAACCAUUGAGUGAACGAAGCUAUUUACUAUCUACCAUUCCAUACCAUAGCAAAAGCACAGAAAUUACCUAACUCUUUUUCCUUCCACGUUUCGGUUGUAAUCUCUUCAAAUUCGAGAGGGGUCAAAGCGGUUUUUAUUUAGUAUUUAUCCCUGCAAAUGAGCAGUUCAAGGGACAGUUCCCCGGAUUGGUUGCGUUCUUUUCAGGUGCCAACUCAUUCGCCUUUGACGCUGUCUUCUGAUUCUGGGUCUUUACGUGAUGGUGGCUCUUGGAAUGAGGAUAAUACUGAUGAUGAGGGGUCAUCUCCAAAGUCAUCCAGACUUUCAAAGGAUACCAAGAGCAAGGCUACCAAGUCUUCAUCUAGAAAGACAUUGGAAGCAACGAGUACUAAAAUAGAAGAUGAAAUGCCGUCCAGAAGAAAGAAAGUAGACAAGCAAAAGGCCAAAGAAGGAAACAAAGGGGAAAAGAAGAUUGAGAAUGAAUCAAACACUGACAAGCGUAUACAGCAUAAAGAGUCUAUUCAUUCAAUUUGGACACUAUCGUCAGAUUCUGAGUCAUGUCAUGAUCAAAGCCCAAAAGAAGAAGAUCAUAUUGAUCAUGCAGAAACUUCUCAGCAUCAAAGAUCUCAAUUCCUUGGCAGAGAACACGGGGAUGCACUUGUCAUAGGCAAUGAUAGAAAAUCUCCAUCCAAAAAGGCUUCAAAAAAGAAGUCUUCACAAGAACAAAUAGAUGUAGAAAGUCACACACCAGCAAAAGAGAAGAAAAUAAAGGGCAGUGCAAAGGGAAAAGAUAGCGGUGGAGAUGUGGAAGUUGAAGAGGAAGGAGCUUGUGAAAAGCUUGCUGAACCAAAUGUUUCCUCUUCAAGGUUGCCUUUGAUGCUUUCUGAGAAAGUUCAUCGUACAAAGGCACUUAUUGAGUGUCAAGGUGACUCCAUAGAUCUGAGUGGUGAUGUAGGAGCUGUUGGCCGAAUCAUAGUUUCAGAUUGCCCAUCUGGGGACCAGGAGAUGUAUUUAGACUUGAAAGGAACAAUAUACAAAACAUCUAUAGUUCCUUGCCGGACAUUUUGCGUUGUUAGCUUUGGGCAGUCAGAGGCAAAGAUUGAGGCCAUCAUGAAUGACUUUAUACAGCUGAAGCCACAGUCUAACGUGUAUGAAGCUGAAACUAUGGUUGAAGGGACAUUGGAUGGCUUCUUUUUUGAUUCGGAUGAGGAAGCUGGCAAGAUGCAGAAGUCCACCCACCAAACUGAUCAAAACGAGCAUGGUGAGGAACAAACUAAUGGUAAAUUGAAAGGGAAGGACAAAACAUCAGGUGCUGAAAAGAAAAGAGGUAGAAGUACAGGAGGAAAACCACAAGCAAAGAUAGUAAAGAAAAAAACUCCAGGUUCCAAGAGGGCAAAAACAAAGAAAUGAAUCAAAGAAGCUCUGCAAUUUCUUGUAUAUCCAUGAAUCAAUAGACUCAAUCUUUGGAUCAAAAGUACGAUGCUGAAUUACUUUACCCAUGACAGGGAUGGUGAUAAUACAACAACUGUCGUUAGAGUUCUUAUCAAACCCACACAGAAGAAUUCAAAGCUUAUGAUAUGAUCAGCUGAAUGAGUUCUUAUAAAUUCCUUUUUAUGUUCCUAAUUCUCAAACCUGUUGUAAUAUUACUCACUGUAGUUUAUUCUUUUUCAGUGAAUAUUAUUUGUUAUCUUUGAAUUGAUCUGUAUUAGCCGGCUCUUAUUAUCUGGAAGGGCUGGUUUCUAAAAUUUCCGCAGAAUAUUUAGUAUAGAGUAUGUGAGAAUGAAU